AUUAAAUGAGGGAGAAUUCGUUGUAACAGUUUGCAAAUAGUUUCAUUCUGAAAGCCGUAGAAAUCGUUCGGAGUAUGUUUUCUCCGAUAUCACUCAUGCGGGUUUUAGGGAUUGUGAGGCGAUAUCUAAAUUUCGUCGCUCCGCGAUAAAGCUUCAGUCGUUUGAAGUAUUUAAAUGAAUUUCAGAAUUUGAUGGAUAAUCAAUUCGUUUGAAUAUAAUUCUUCUGAUUUUUAUUUAUAUAACAAUGUGACAUAGAGACUUAUAUGUUUAAUCUGACUUUUUCUGAGAUGGAAAAUGUAACCACUAUUAUUCACAAGCAAUUGGAUUAUUCGUCUGCGCUGGUUCAAAGGAAGCAAUGCAACAGUAGAUAUUCUAGUUUGGAUAACAUCGUAGACUGCUUCUUUCCUGAACCGGAAGAAUGGGUUCUGAUUGCUACAUACCUACUUACAUUUAUUAUUGGGGUUCUUGGAAAUAUUCUGGUUUGUUUUGCCGUUUGGCGGAACCGGGAAAUGCGAACAAUAACAAACGUAUUUAUGGUGAACUUGUCCGUUGCAGACUUAAUGGUUCUUCUUAUAUUGCUACCAACAUCCCUUGUCGCUGACGUUACUGAAACAUGGCUAAUUGGAUCAGCAAUGUGUAAAUUAAGCAUCUCCCUUGGGACGAUGUGUAUAUCAGUCUCCAUAUUGACACUUUGUGCGAUCUCAAUAGAGCGGUGGUACGCAAUUUGUCGGCCUCUCAGUUUCCAUAGCAACAUCCAAAGAGCUCGCCUCACCAUUGCCAUCAUUUGGACGGUUUCUAUUGGCGUGGCAAUGCCCGAGUUCCUGGCUUCCACUGUGAUACCAUAUCGGCCGGACACGAUCUUUAGAACAAUGUGUUACCCGGCCUUGUGGAAGCUAAAAACAAUAGCAAUCUUCCAGAUAUGUCUUAUGGUGUUCCUCUAUUUCCUGCCAAUUGGUCUGAUGACCUGCGUUUACAUACACAUAGCUGUCGUGCUCUGGAAAAAACGGAUACCUGGUACUGCAGAUCGUCGUCUGAGGUCAACGAUUAACCACAACAACUCCCAGGUGAAUAACAAUUACAGACAUACCGGCCGCAAGAAGGCAGUCAAGAUGCUGGUUGCCAUUGUGACAGUGUUUGCCCUAUGUUUCCUUCCUAACCACACACUCAACAUCCUCAGAUACACAAAACAAUUGAAGGCAGUCCGGAAUCUGCGGAUGAUCGCCCUCAUCUCUCACUGGUGCAUGUAUUUCAACAGCUGCAUCAACCCCGUCAUCUAUAACUUCAUGAGCGAUAAAUUUAGAAAGGAGUUUCGUGUCGCAAUCGCUCUGUGUUGUUUAUGUGGCGGAAACAGAAGGCAGAACGUAUCCAGGGUAAUGUACCGCAUGACCGCGCUCUACACGAGAAAUGUCACCAUUCGAAACAGCAAUUCACCAUCUAGAAUAACAAAAGAAAAUCAAUGAGAUUAAGAAUUUCUUUUUUGUUUCAAAACAAUAUUCACGUAAAUGUACGGUAACACGUAAACUUGUUAACAAUCUAAAAUAUUAGUUGUGUACUUUGUUUCCUUAGACGGAACAUCACAACAUACUUAGUUUGGAUGUGUUUGAAGUGUUAUUAAUAAAAUUAUCUUCAAUAUCAAUAUAUUGUAGUGUUUAUUUAAACACAGCAGCCAGAACGAAAGAUGCAUCCUUUUGAUACACUUAUAAAGAGUAAUGAAACGCCAUCGCCAACACUAUGAUUAUUUAAUCAUUAUAUUGCUCUCAUAUCUUUAUAAUGCUCUAUAGCUACAAUUAUAUAUCGUCAAUUAAGCUAUGAUUGUAAAAAUAUUAAAUAAUUGCCACGAAUAACUGAUCAUAUAAUAAUGCUUUGAACUUCAUUUCGUUUAUUUGGAUUUGCAUGGUUUAAAUCGUAUUCAGAUUAUGUCUGUGUUAAUCAUACGUAAACGUAGCAUUCAUGUUUUUCAAGACCCUGAAACAUUUAUAAUUCUUUAUAUCAUUAUUUAUGUUUUAGCGAACCGUAUGGCUGGACACUAUAAACUAGUUAGUUCCUUUCUGUUUUGUUUUUACACUUUCUUAGAAUACAACUGAAUGUCUUCAUCAUAAGAAAUUGUGUCGUGCGGUCAUAGGCACCAGACCGUUAACACCAUAUCAUGUUGAUUUUUAACUAACACCCGACAGUUUUAGCAUACCAUGUUGAGUUAUGAACAUACAUCCGUCAGUUUUAUUAGGCCAUUUUAAUUGUGAAACUUAAACCCCACAAUUUUCGUUUUCUUAACUACCGAAAAAAGUAAAUGUUGGUAUUCAAUGUAUUAUUUUGUCCAAGGAGAAGGCAGUAUACUUCAAAGUUGCCAAUAUAAAAUUAUUUCAGUGAUCAGCAGUUAGCUGUUAUUAAUUUUAAACAGGUUAGGCGGUAAACAUAAAAAAACAGCGCCAGUGGGUAGUUUACACAUGACCUUGUAGACCAUUAAAAUGUUUAAGAUUGCUAUUAUGUACUUACUCAAAAAAGUUAUUGCGACUUCGUUAGAACAUAGAUUUAUUUCAAGAAUAUGACAUGACCAAUUUCUGAGUCUUUUCGUUCCUUUGAUUGGUCAUUAAGUUCUCUUUGAUUUUAUUCUUAUAAAGAGAUCGAAGUUUAAAACAAUACACUCCUGUAAUGAUAUGUAUAUUUAAUAACGCUGUUCGUAUUUCAUUAUACCUAUUAUUACUACCAUAUACUUAAGAAUGUGUGGAUACCUCAAAGUGAAAGUAUGAAAGUAACACAGAAAACGGUAUUAUGUUCUGAAAUAGAUAGUUAACCACUUUAAUUAAGGGAACAAACAUAUACAAGAAUAAAACAACUAGUGUUAUCAGUAAUUUUUAUUAAAGCCAUUGAUUAUAAAGGAAUGUCUACACAAUAAAAGUGACUUUAUUACAAGAAAAUGGACGAGUGUAAAAUGUCUGUUUUAAUUUUCAGUAUUAACAUAAGUAAUAUGUUUUAAGCUCAUCCAAUGGCAACUUGUCUUAAGUAUUGUAAAACAUAUUCGAAUCCGUUUGAGUAAGCCUUUUAGCAUGGUCCCUGACAGCAACCUGCGUAUUUUCAAUUCGUUCUUCUUUGCAAUAAUCCUCAUGAUCUUCUGAUAGCAUUAAACAGAACUGUUCGAAACCAUAGCUGAACAGAAGAUUCAACCAUACAAUUAUUAAUCUUUUGCAAUAUUCAGUAUUAAAAAUGAUACCUGAAUUACUUAGCGAGUUGAUGACAAACAAAAAGAAAAAUCUGCUUCUGCGUCGGAUGUCUGAUAUCUCAAAAAGGCCUGGAAAACCACAGUUCCCAAAAUGAUAACUAUAGUCAAACAAUGGAUGACUUUUUGGUUGACGCAAUUCAAUAUGAGAACUACCAAAAGAAAAAUCACAUUUGGAGAUCGUUUUCUCGGAACGAAUCUUGGUAUCAAGUUGCCUAUUCUGUCAUUACUGACACACCAAAUUGUUGACAUAAAUUGUCUCAACAUUACAUCAGAUAUAAGUUUAUUGAGUCUGAUUAAAGACAAUUCAGUAAUAUUUUAAUGGUCAAGAAUACGACAACACGAAGGGGUUAUUUUUCCCUUUCACCACUUGUUCAAGUGGUGCCUGUUUUCUACAUCUGCAUCCGAUUUAUGUAUGUUUCUAGUGUUGUUUUUAUAAUUUGAUCAUUGUUCCAUAUGAUGAAAAAUAUUAAACUGGUAUCGGUAAUAUAUCGCAUCUUUACCUGUCACGUGAAAUUUAUGUUCGAUUCAUCAAAAGUCUGCAGUACAUAUUUGCCUUAUCAACAUAAUGAUUACAUAAAUCUUGUGCAGCCCUGGAUUCGAUUCAAUAAAUCGGAGAACUCGGCCUUCACGGAUUUCCUUGAAUUAUUUGUGUCCCUGUUUAUACUGUUUUGGGCUGAAUAUGGUAAAACAUCUUUUUAAACUGUCUAUGUGUCCAAAUAUGUGUAACAUACUGGUGCAAGAUGUUUCAUUGUGUAAUGCCUGAUGGUGGAUUUUCUCGACAAACAAUGCUACCUUAUUUUAUGUAUUUUGAUUAUCGAACAUAGUGAA